AUGCUGGGAAUUGAAGUCCCUCACAGGCCUGAUUUCCAAUUGAGCCUUUACUUGUCUUCAUACUCUUCUCAGGUUCACAAGAUGGUGCUGGCAUCCUGCAGCCCCUACUUCAGAGCCAUGUUCACCAGUGACUUUAAGGAAUGCCAGGCCUCGGAGGUGACCAUCAAAGACAUGUGCCCGAAGGUCAUGCAGCGACUCAUCGAUUUUGCUUACACCUCACGGGUCACGGUGGGUGAGUCCUGUGUGCUGCACUUGCUGUUCGCUGCCAUGCGUUUCCAGAUGGAUGAUGUCUCCAAAGUUUGCUGUGACUUCCUCAGUAAGAACCUGGAGCCUGCCAAUGUCAUUGGCAUCACAACCUUUGCUGAGAGCAUUGGCUGCACUGAGCUACACCUGAUGUGCCAGGAGUACAUUAAUGCCCACUUCACUGAGGUGACUAAGGAGGAAGAAUUCUUCAGACUGUCUCACUGUCAGCUGUUGGAGCUUGUCAGUCAGGACCGACUCAAGGUUCUGUGUGAGUCAGAGGUGUACAAGGCUUGCCUAGAGUGGGUGAGGUGGGACCCGGAGAAUCGGGCCCAGUAUUUCCACGCUCUCCUUAAUGCUGUCCACAUUCACUCCCUGCCUCCAAAAUUCCUUAAGACUCAGCUACUGGAGUGUCCCAUCCUAAGCAGGGCCAAUUCUUGCAGGGACUACUUAUCCAAAAUCUUUCAUGAGAUGGCAUUGCGGAAGCCUUGCCCACCUCCGCGACCCCGCGGUAAUCAGCUGAUCUAUGUGGCUGGUGGCUACAUGCAGUUUUCGCUGAGCUCCAUGCAGGCCUUCAGUCCUCAGACAGAAAGUUGGAUAAAGCUGGCAGACAUGCCAUCACCUCGCAGUGGCCUAGGAGGCUGUGUCCUCUUUGGAUUGUUCUAUGCUGUGGGCGGGCGGAACAACUCCCAGCUGGAAAACACAGACUCCAACACUAUGGAAUGCUACAAUCCCAUGACGAACCAGUGGAUGCAGCGAGCUCCCAUGAGUGUUCCGAGAAACAGGGUUGGGGUUGGAGUCAUCGAUGGAAGCAUUUAUGCAGUUGGAGGCUCACAAGGCAUGGUGCACCACUGCAGUGUGGAAAGGUACGAUCCUGAAAUGAACCAGUGGACGAUGGUGGCUCCGAUGUCUGUGGCUCGGAUUGGUGCUGGAGUAACUACCUAUGACGGGCACCUUUAUGUGGUAGGAGGCUUCGAUGGGGAGAACCGGUGGAACUCUGUUGAGCGUUACCAUCCUGACACAGACAAGUGGGAGACCAUCACGCCCAUGAGAUCCAUUCGCAGUGGAGCUGGGCUUGUCCAUCUUGAUGGCUACAUCUAUGCUAUUGGAGGCUACAACGGGAUGGAGCAGCUGAACAGCGUGGAGCGCUACAGCGUUUGUAGUAACUCCUGGACACCAGUGGCACCCAUGAAACAUCGAAGGAGUGCAUUAGGAGUCACCGUCUACCAAGGCAAAAUCUAUGCAUUCGGGGGAUUCAAUCAGUCUGGCUUCCUGUCUACCGUGGAGAGGUACAGCCCAGAAAAGGACGAGUGGACUGAUGUGACAUCCAUGCUUUCACCGUGCAGUGGGAUGGGGGUGGCUGUCACCAUGGAGCCAUGUCCCGGCAGCCUAGAGCAGGAAGCCAGAGAUGAUGAGGAAGAUGGAAACUACGGGUGACCCACUGGUAUUCCAAGGGGUGUCUACCACUAGCUGUCCCUUCCCCUUUUACCCUAAACAUCUAAUUCCAAAACACCAACACAAUGCCUUUUUGGGAGACAGACAUGCCAAAUAUGUUUCUUGAUGUGAUCUGACUGGGCUAGCUGGCUCCUUCAGUCGAUUUGCUUCACCCUGGCUGCCCGGGAGCUGCCAAUGACCUGACCUAAUAAGGACUGAAGUGGCUACCAUGCUGAACUCCUGGAGCCCUGGGGAUUUGUUGCAAUAAUAUGUAUUCAAGCGCAUUGCCAUUGCGGUCAGUGUAGCAGAUGUGAGGUUUGUAUUGAGAGGUGUUGUGUUAUUGUGAGGACCUUUAGGUUUUGAAAGACUGGGGAGAAAUAAAGGAGGAGAUGUAAGGGUUAGGGUGACCACCCCUUAUCCUUAAGAAUUCAUUUUUACGAAGUGUUCAGCAAUCUGAGUAUUACCUCAUGUGAUUGUGGGUGUGACUGCAUGAGCCGGAUGGAAUGGUGGGCAUCUCAGGCUUUGUAUGCAUGCAUGAGUGUGUGUGCAGCUGUAGCCAUGUAGCUUGCAUUUGUGUGCGGCCGCUGUGGAGAUGCAUGUAGAUGUAUAUUACCUUGUAAACGGGUCCAUUCUCUUUGAUUAAUUCUGCACUUCAGUGAACAGCUGGCAACAUCUAAACAUUGUUUUUUUCUGUGGAUGCUUGUGAGUGAGGACUGUCCUGCCAUGUACUGGUGUCCCGUCUAUGAUUGGUUCCUACAUGGAACUCACUCCGCAUGAUGUAGGCUAUUAAAAAGGAGGGAUACAAAAUAGAUUGGCAUUAACAGAUCUUUUGAAUCUGACUUUGCCAACUCAGACAGAAUACAGGGGAUACUGAGUCCUAAGUUCAAGAGGAAGGACAGUGGUCCACUGAUCGGGGCUUCAGUUUGGUGACAAGUCCUAUCAUCUCAUUAACACCAGCCUUCAACAUUAUGUUGCUACAGUAGGAUUGUCAUAGGCGUUGCCCACUUUACUGAAGUAAGAUUUGACCCUAAAAUAUUUGACCGGUCUGAGAGCAGAUCUAACCAAAUGUCAGGAAUGCCAUUCCAAAAGGGAAAUGGAAAUAAAAAGCUUGAGUUGUCCUCCUCACCCCAUCCCAGCCUUGUGUCAGUCUCCAUGAGCUUCUUGUAAGACUUGCAUGGGCAGUGGUCAGCCUUACUAGAUAGCAGCUGCCCAGAAUUCUCCCAGGAAUCGUAUGUGACCACUAAGCAUGGCCAUGGGAACGUCAUCUGUUUUUGUCAUAGUAGGGUCCUACCGUGACACUGUUUUCCCUUUUAGAAUUGUUAUUACAUAGACCAUAACAGAAUGCCCCAAAUCCCAUACCCUUACCACACUGUCAGGAUUGACUGGUACUGUGGUUUAACACGUUCCCCUCUCUUUUACAUCCGUAGGCCCUGGAAAUUAGAAUGGAGGUCUAGGACAGGCAGGUGGGAAAGUUGCACAUUUAUUCAUGGGUUAUAGAUAAUAUGCCCAAAAUAUAAGCAGAGUGCAAAUGGUAGUGUUGGUAAACCUGAUAGGAAGCGUUCAUCUUGCAUCCUAUAAGCUUACUACCAGGUGGCUCUCUGUCUUAGUAAGUUGGAUUUGUUUCUUGUCUCUUUAGGAUGGAAAAUGAUAGCAUGGCCUGUCUGCAUAGGGUAGCUUUGACGCAGAGACCCCGUGGCUUUGCAGACCUCAUUUAACCGACUCUUAAUGGCCCUUGACAAGACUCGCGCAAAGUGAAGAUGUCAGUUAUUCAGCUCCAUUCCAGCCCAUGCCCUCCGUAUGCCUGUCCCUUCCUCUGCAGUCUUUCUUUGUGGGGGGAAGGCUCAUAGAAUGUCAAGUGUCGGUGCUUACCUGGCCGGCCCACCCUGCUGCAGAUGUGUGCACAGUAACCGACUGUGUGUGCUCGUGUGCAUGUGCAGGUAUGUGAGUGUCAGCAAGUUUGUGUGCACUGCCUUCAAACGUCUAAAGUGUGUUCACACUGACAGGUGUUUAUAGCUGGAGUGAUUGUGUGUGUGUGUGUGUGUGUGUGUGUGUGUGUGCGAGUGCAGUGCUGCUCACACACACACACACACACACACACUGAUCUCACAAUGUGCACAAUAAUUGACUCUGUGUGCUCGUGUACAAGUGCAGAUGUGUGAAUGUGAGCAGCCUGGUGUGUGCUUCAUUCAAACAUCUAAAGUGUGUUCACACAUUCAGUGUUCAUAGCUGGAGUGAUCAUGUGUGUGUUUGCGCGAGUGCAAUGCUGUUCACACACACACACACUGAUCUCACAAUGUGCACAGUAAUCGACUCUGUGUGCUCGUGUGCAGGUGUAUGAGUAUGAACAGCGUGGUGUGCACUUCAUUCAAAUGUCUAAAGUGUGUUCACACAUUCAGGGUUCAUAGCUGGAGUGAUCACGUGUGUGUUUGCGCGAGUGCAAUGCUGUUCACACACACACACUGAUCUCACAAUGUGCAUAGCAAUCGACUCUGUGUGCUCGUGUAUGAGUAUGAACAGCGUGGUGGGCACUUCAUUCAAAUGUCUAAAGUGUGUUCACACUGACAGGUGUUUAUAGCUAGAGUGAUCGUGUGUGUGUGUGUGUGCGAGUGCAGUGCUGCUCACACACACACACAGAUCUCACAAUGUGCACAGUAAUCGCUCUUGUACAAGUGCAGGAGUGGGAGUGUGAGCACGUUUGUGCAGGCCUGAAGUUUGAAAUCACACCGUAGGUGUGUGCCUGAGUGUGAGGGUGCAAACAGGUUUUAAACCUUGUGUGCUGCGUCUGCGUGUGCAUAUGUGCACUUGUGUGUCUGUUUGCUCUUCCCUUUGUGAACCUGCAAUGCCUUUGUCUGUGAGCAGCAGUGUUUACUUGGCUGUGUGUGUGAGUUUUGUGUCCAACAUCGAGUGUGAGUUCACAUGCAGUAAGAAAAGCUGUGUGGGCGUAUGUGGUGCAUGUGCUAACAGUCUGCAAAUGUUUGUGUAACCUCGCAUGCAGUGUGUGUGUGUGUCUGUGUAAGGAUGCGUAUUUGCACGUUUGGAGUGUCUUGGAGCACCUUGUGCUUGUGUAUACAGGUGUGUAUGUGAGACAGCGAGCGAGCCGCCGUGUGUCCAUACCCAGACAGUAUUUGUCUCUGCAUGGCUGCCCUCUCCCCUUACUCUCCUCCAUGCCCACGCUGGGUCCGUAGCGGUGUGUGAGUAGGUCCCCCUGCAUUCUCGCUCCAUCGCGUGCCACUUGUGAAGCCAGCCAGAGUGGCGACCCGUUUGGCAUGAGAGAAGUGAGUGCAUCUCCAGGGACCCCCAAACUGAAGUUUUGUAUAUUUGCACAUGGACCCUCUGUUGAAGUGCCCAACCAAACUGCAGCUGGUUUCUUUUCAGUGAGGGAAUUCACUGCAACGUAAGAUGAGGAAAUGGCAGCGGGGCAAAGCUGGCUAUCUAGUAGCUUAAACCCGUCCACCACAGGGUACGCUGCUGUCAGAUGAAUGCCGCCUUCACACUUUGAAGAUUUGUCUUUUUUUUUUUUUUCUGGAUAAUAAAAGAAGCUGCUCCCUG